AUGUUUCACGGAGGCCUUCUGACAAAGUUGCGUGGUUUCUACAAGUGGUAUGUUCUGGGUUUGGUGUCCGUGGGAUACAUCCUUGGAGAGCUAGGACAUUAUCUCAUAGGAACAACAUCGAAAGUAACAGCUGAUGAUCUACACUAUGGUGACAGGUCGUGUAUGCUGAACGCUACCCAUUUGCAUCUCAGCCAGCUCCCAGUUAUAUGUGAAAAGGUCAACUCCAGCGAAAUAUGCGAAUCUCUUUCCCUAAACGGCACUUACUACUGCGAGUGGGGCUACAAUGGUCUUGGGAUAGACUACCAGGUCCUGGCUGGCCCUGCCUUCAUGGCUGUCUUCACGGUUGUGGGUGUUAUACUGGGCGUGGUCGCUGACAAGUACAACCGAGCAAGAAUUUUAUCAGUGUGUACUAUGGUCUUCGUGGUCGCUAUUCUGAUGAUGGGCAGUGUAAAGGAAUACUGGCAUCUAGUGAUUCUUCGGAUGAUAAUGGCGGCUGGUGAAUCAGGCUGCAACCCGCUCGCGACUGGUAUAUUGACGGAUCUCUUCCCCGAACACCAGAGGGCUCUCGUACUGUCCAUCUUCAAUUGGGGAAUCUAUGGAGGAUAUGGUAUCGCAUUUCCGGUUGGCAGAUACGUUCCAAUUUUGAAUGCUUGGGGACUGAGCUGGCGACUAUGCUACUACAGUGCUGGUAUUGUGGGUCUGGUAAUUGCUGCUCUUACAUUUCUCACUCUUCGCGAACCGGAAAGGACUACUAUUGGAGAAGAAGGUACAGGAAAGCCUACAGACGGUGUGGAGUCUGGCAAGAAGAUGCCCCAAGUUACCAUCUGGCACGUGAUUGCUCAACCUAGAAUUAUCCUUCUCUGUCUGGCUGCAUCUAUCAGGCACUGCGGUGGUAUGACUUUCGCAUACAACGCAGAUCUUUACUACCGUGACUACUUCCCCGAUGUGGAUUUGGGUUGGUGGCUGUUCGCUGUCACCGUAGGCAUUGGAUCCGUAGGAGUCGUGGUUGGGGGAGUUGUUUCUGAUAAGUUCGUAUCUCGUAUGGGUGUUCGUUCGCGAGUAUUGGUAUUGGCUGUUUCACAAUUAAUUGCUACGUUACCAGCCUUUGGAUCUGUUAUCUUUGGUCCUCUGUGGGCUAUGAUCACGCUGGCCUUCUCCUAUUUCUUCGCUGAAAUGUGGUUCGGAAUUGUAUUCGCGAUCUUAGUAGAGAUCGUACCACUGUCUGUCCGAUCUACAACAGUUGGAGUAUUUCUCUUUGUAAUGAACAAUGUUGGUGGUAACUUGCCCAUCUUGGUCGACCCUGUGUCUAAGGCUAUAGGCUACAGAGAGGCUAUCAUGAUCUUCUACGCUGGAUUCUAUGGCAUUAGUAGCAUUUUGUUCUUCCUCACAAUGUUCUUUAUGGAUGGAGCGGUGGAGAAGCCAGAAGACAAAACGAAUGGUCUAGAUAAUUCUGCAUACAUUCAAGACGAAACUCGACACAAGCCCAUUCAAGAUGCGAGGUUAUAA